AUGGGCGCGACGCUCAAGCGCCUUCGCGCAGGCGGUGGGCCCUUCUUCUCCCCGACGUCAGCUUUCGGUAGAGACCGCAGCGGCGGGUUCAUCCCCGUGUGUCUCGUCCUCUUGGUCACCGUCUGGGUGCUCGCGUCACGCGCCUCCCUCAAGUGGUGGUCGGACCCCGUCAUCGGGCACUGCGCGCACGUCCAGCUGCCGCACCCGGGCUUCUACGGCAACGAGUGCUUCAAGGACCUCCCGCAGUGUCUACAAACAGCCGCCGACCUGUGCAGCUCGCAGGGGUUCAGCUGCGGGAAGGCCUGCCUGGUCGUGACGGCGCACCACUUGAUCCAGAUGCGCUGCGGCCUCGAGGGGGGCUCCGCGAGCUGCCGCGAGGCGAUGCACCGCAAGCUCGCGCCCGUCGUGCGCAGGGCGUACCCCAGCAUCGACAUCGACCAGCUCGGGCAGCACGUCAAGAACUGGAGGCGCAGCGACGGGACGCACUCGUUCCUGCACUGGUCGAAGGGGCUGCGCAGCUGGGGCCCGCUGAAGCGUGGCGAGCACGAGCACGUGGGGCGGGUCGAGGGGCCGUUCGGUCUGAGCGAGGGCCGCAUGCACCAGGUCGUCGACGACCCGGGCGUCGCCGAGGAGGAGGGCUUCGGGGAGGACGACUUCCGCAGGGUGCACCGGAGCGGCGCGCAGGGCGGCGGCGGGCAGGGCGGGCGCGGGGGCGGCGUCGCGGAGGUGACCUUCGAGCAGGCGCGCCCGGCGCAGCGCGAGGACGACGGUGUGCAGGACUGGGACAAGCUCGACGCGAUUGAUUAUUCGGCGCUGGACGAUGACUACGAAUUCGACUGA